GGAGACGUCCUGGGUGUGUGUGUAUGUGUGUGACACAUGAGUUGCGACUCAAAAGGAGUUGGGGGGGGGGGUCGCUGGGAAAAAAAAAGAGAGCCAUUUCUCCCCCAAGCCCGCCAUACCAAGUUGCAUCCCCUCCACCCUACUGAUUCUGCCAAACAGGGACCAUUUCUCUCCCCCCUUUUUCUUUCCUCUCAGAUUUCCCCCCCUCCUUUCCUUCCCACAACCCCAAAUAACUGGCUUUUCCUCCUUGCCGGGCCACCAAGACUGAAUAAGAAACUUUUUUUUUUGGAAGAGGGUAGUGGGAGGAAUUUUUUUAAAGCUAUCUAAGGGGGCUAUUCCCAAAGUUUCCGCAUUCCCCCCUCCUCCCUAUCACCACCACCCUCCUUUCCCACCCGGUGUGCGUGAGAUAUUUUUUUUUCUCUCCCACCUCCCUCCCUUUCGGUCCUACCCAACAUUUUGUGCGGAACGCAUCAGCCAUGAACAAGCUGUACAUUGGAAACCUCAACGAGAACGUGACUCCGGCGGAUCUGGAGAAAGUCUUCAACGACCACAAAAUCUCCUUCAGUGGCCAGUUCUUGGUGAAAUCUGGCUACGCCUUUGUCGAUUGCCCUGAUGACCAAUGGGCCAUGAAAGCCAUCGAAACUUUUUCGGGCAAAGUGGAGCUUCUUGGAAAACAUCUAGAGAUUGAACAUUCAGUACCUAAAAAGCAAAGAAGCCGCAAGAUUCAGAUACGAAACAUCCCCCCUCAGCUACGAUGGGAGGUUCUGGAUGGUUUGCUAGCUCAAUAUGGUACCGUGGAAAACUGUGAACAAGUGAAUACAGAUAGCGAGACAGCAGUUGUCAAUGUCACGUACGCCAACCGAGAGCAAACCAGACAAGCCAUCAUGAAACUUAAUGGACACCAGCUAGAAAACCAUGCCCUGAAGGUCUCCUACAUCCCCGAUGAACAGACGGUGCAAGGCGCGGAGAACGGGCGCCGGGGAGGCUUUGGCACACGGGGGGCCCCGAGGCAGGGUUCCCCUGUGGCUUCUGGAGCGCCUGUGAAACAGCAGCCAGUCGACAUCCCCCUCCGACUUCUGGUUCCCACCCAGUAUGUGGGAGCCAUCAUUGGCAAAGAGGGCGCCACCAUUCGCAAUAUAACCAAGCAGACACAGUCCAAAAUUGACGUGCACCGGAAAGAGAAUGCAGGGGCCGCAGAGAAAGCCAUCAGCAUCCAUUCAACACCUGAGGGCUGCUCUGCAGCUUGCAAGAUGAUCUUGGAAAUUAUGCAGAAGGAGGCAAAAGAUACCAAGACCGCUGAUGAAGUGCCUCUGAAAAUCCUGGCCCAUAACAAUUUUGUGGGACGGCUGAUCGGCAAAGAGGGCCGAAACCUGAAGAAGGUGGAGCAGGACACGGAGACAAAGAUCACCAUCUCCUCUCUGCAGGACCUGACUCUCUACAACCCCGAAAGGACCAUCACUGUGAAAGGCUCCAUUGAGAAUUGUUGCCGAGCAGAGCAGGAGAUCAUGAAGAAAGUGAGGGAGGCUUACGAGAAUGACGUGGCAGCUAUGAGUUUGCAGUCUCACUUGAUACCUGGUCUUAACUUAGCUGCUGUCGGCCUCUUUCCUGCCUCUUCUAACGCCGUGCCACCUCCUCCAAGUAGUGUUUCUGGAGCAGCCCCGUAUAGUUCUUUUUUGCCUCCUGAGCAAGAGACGGUGCACGUCUUCAUCCCCGCCCAGGCCGUGGGUGCAAUCAUUGGCAAGAAAGGACAACACAUCAAACAGCUCUCCAGAUUUGCAAGUGCCUCUAUCAAGAUUGCACCUCCAGAGACGCCGGAUUCCAAAGUGCGGAUGGUGAUUAUCACCGGACCACCGGAAGCCCAGUUCAAGGCUCAAGGGCGAAUUUACGGCAAGCUUAAAGAGGAGAACUUUUUUGGGCCCAAAGAAGAAGUGAAGCUGGAGACGCACAUCCGAGUACCGGCCUCGGCCGCAGGGAGAGUCAUUGGCAAAGGUGGCAAGACGGUCAAUGAACUUCAGAACCUGACAGCAGCUGAGGUAGUCGUCCCCCGGGACCAAACCCCUGAUGAGAAUGAGCAAGUGAUCGUUAAAAUCAUAGGGCAUUUCUAUGCCAGCCAGAUGGCGCAACGUAAAAUACGUGAUAUCCUCGCUCAGGUGAAACAACAGCAUCAGAAGGGACAGAACAGCCAGACGCAAGCGCGAAGGAAAUAGGAAGAUGCUUUACCCUGGGUGUGUGAGAAA